AUGUCUCGAGAUACGAGCCAGUCAUCUCCUGGUGAAAUAAGCAUACCAAUGCCUGAGGAUGCAAAUGCUGGAGGUGGGUGUUGUGGACAGCUGUCGUUCUCCACUCCUAUGACUGCUUCUGUGCCUCCUAUAGAGAUUGAAAUCGAAGAAUGCGACUGUGAGAAGGACAAAAAAUGGAGUCGAAAGUCCAUUGACGAUCAUAAAUCAAAGCGGAAGGACACGGCAACAUCAUUCACUAAUUUCCUUCACCGAUUUACAAGAUCGGAUGACAAGAAGGAGGACAAGCAGAAGCCUGUGUUGUGUGAGGAAGAUGUGCUUCAACGACCGGAUAAGCUAUUGAUUUCUGAUUCGGAAGAGAACUGUGGUUUUGGACACGAAAGCGGCGCCCCAAUUUAUGAGUGGAAGCCAGGGUCCUUAGAGGAGUCCUUGGUUACGGAGUUCAACCCUACACACAGAGAACUACUUCGCGUAGAGCACUCUGACCCCGAGCUUGACAAUCUUGAACGCUCCAUGUUAAAGCUUCUUGAGGAGUUCCGAAAUGGACAGAUGCGCUCACUUAGUGAGGAACAGAUGGAGAACAUGCGGGCGAUGAAGAAGGAACACGAGGAUGUCACGAAUCUACAUCUGGCUCUCUACAACCUCGAUAAGGGGGGAUGCGAAAAAAGCGAGGACGAACUGGAUGUGAUGUAUGACAAACUUAGCCAGAAAUUGCUUUGUAUGCACGAUUGUAUGGCGUCGUUCGUACACGGGGACUAG